GAACAUGCUCUAACAAAACGUAGCAGCUAGGGUUUUUAUAAAGCGCCAAAGUUCCAUUCCGCCUUUCGCCUCACUCAGCAGCAGCAGCCCUGCAAAUCCUGUUCUAGGGUUUCGCUCUCUUUCUUAAGGAAGUAUUUGCACAGGAAUUGCAGCGAGGACAAGGCUGUAACCAUGAGUAAGCUCUCAAGUGACGGGCUGAGAGAGGCCAUCGCUCAGAUUAAGACAAACUCAGAAACGAAAAAGAGAAAUUUCACUGAGACAGUUGAGCUUCAAAUUGGGUUGAAGAACUAUGACCCACAAAAGGAUAAGCGUUUCAGUGGCUCUGUUAGGCUUCCACAUAUUCCUCGUCCUAAGAUGAGGGUUUGCAUGCUUGGGGAUGCUCAGCAUGUUGAAGAGGCAGAGAAGAUGGGUUUGGACUACAUGGAUGUGGAAAGCUUGAAAAAGCUUAACAAAAACAAGAAACUGGUCAAGAAGCUUGCCAAGAAAUACCAUGCAUUUUUAGCUUCUGAAGCUGUCAUUAAGCAAAUUCCUCGUCUUCUAGGCCCUGGUCUUAAUAAGGCAGGUAAGUUUCCAACAUUGGUGAGUCACCAGGAAUCUUUGGAGGCAAAAGUGAAUGAAACCAAAGCAAUGGUGAAGUUCCAACUUAAGAAGGUUCUUUGCAUGGGUGUUGCUGUGGGGAAUUUGGCUAUGGAGGAGAAGCAGAUUUUUCAGAAUGUACAACUUAGUGUCAAUUUCUUAGUUUCACUAUUGAAGAAGAAUUGGCAGAAUGUGAGGUCCUUGAACCUGAAAAGUACCAUGGGGAAAGCAAUCCGUAUCUACUAAGUUCUUAAGCUCUAUCAGACUUUUGUAGCGGAGGAAGCAUUAGCAGAACUUUAAUUAAGACAUUUAUUGCAAAUGAUUUUAUGUUCCCGUGUUUUUGUUGACUUUGAUUUCUUUGUUUAAAUUAUAAUGAGUACUGUAUUUUUGGUUUGAACGAAUGUUGGAAGAUUUUGAAAGAAAUUUUCUUCACCCCCGAUGCCUGCUUA